AUGGCAUCCUACAGAAUCUUAGCUUUUUCAGCUUUGUUCUUGAUCUUGUUGCCCUUAGCUUUUAGUGGAGAUUUUGACGACUUAUCUCCUGCUCUAUCUCCAUUCUACGAGAAGUUGUGUGAUCAUGUUGAAUGUGGAAGGGGAACAUGCAGACCAGGCUGGAGAUACCCUUUGGGCUAUGUCUGUGAGUGUGAUCCGGGUUGGACAAGAACUCGUGAUGGCAGUGACGAUGGCGUCGACCUCUUUAGGUUCUACCAUGCGUAUUCCAACUGCACUCUUGAUUACUCUUGUCAACCAGCUCCUCCUCCUGUACCUCAGAAAGAAGUUCCUCGCAACUAUCGUUCUUCGAUCGUAAUCACUUGA